ACGUUAAUGAGCGCGAGCGCUGUCUGUGGCUCGAGCUCAGCAGGUGUUCAUGAUUGAUUAACAGCAGGUGUUGAAAACAGACGACAACAGAGAGGGCAUCCGGUUUUACCGCGAUUGUAUUGUAUUUAAAAACCACGAAUUAAAGAUAUUUUUUUAGAGAAAUGAUCCAAAUCGGCUUGAAGCUGAGCGUGGUCCUCGUGCUUCUCCUUGGUUUCACGUGCUACUGUCUGGCAGGAAUUUGCAGCGUGGAACACUGUAAAGACCCCACGCGAUGUGCCAUGACUAAAGACCGCAGACGCUGCAAAUGUAUAGUGGGCUUUUAUGGCGACCAGUGUGAAAAAAAUGGAAAUAUUACAGUUUUGUGUGGGCGCGACUACAUCGCCAUCAGAGCAAUUGAGGAUUUCUUCAAGUACCAUAACGUGCCGCUGGAGUCCCUGCACUUGCCCAACCGCUCCUGUCGUGCUAAGAAGGAGGUCCUCGACGGCGUGACCUACUACAUGUCCACUGUCUCCAAAGAGACGUAUCUAGUCUGUGGAGGCAAAUCGCUGGAGACAAACUUUACUCACAUCACAUACGCUCUGAGCCUCCAGUCAGACCCUCAGGUCAGUGGUAACAUCAUCAGAGAUCCAAUCAUCAAGAUCCAAUACACGUGUGUGUUUCCGUACAUCAGGAGCGUCAGUCUGCCUUUCCCGGUCGUACCAUUUUCCACUGAGAUGGUGGUGCGCGUGGAUGAGCUGGACGCCACGAUACAGAUGCUGCUGUACACGGAUCACACUUACACCCAGGCUUUCGUCAGCGCCCCCACCAUCGAACUCCGAGACGAGGUGUAUGUGGCCGUGACGGUGACGGAGCCGGCAGAUUUUUUCCUGCUCCGACUUAACGAGUGUUGGGCCACGCAGACUCCCCAGCCCAACUCGACGGAGGGAUUAGUCCACACUCUGCUUCAAAACGGGUGUGUGAAAGACCAGACUGUCUCCUUUGUGAACGUGACCGAGGACGAGUCUGCACGUAACGGCGCCAGCUCCACUGUGCGCUACAGCUUCAGCAUGUUCCGCUUCACGUCGGAGCCUCACAGUCUCUAUCUUCACUGCACGGUGCAGCUGUGCGAGCCAGACGACCACCUGUCCUGCACACCUAGCUGUAAUUCAAUCAGUAAGAGAGAAGCAGUGAGAGCAAAACCCGCCCAGGGUCUCCUUUCAUACGGACCCAUCAGGAUCGAAGUUCCAGACAGACCACAAUCCAGCAUGCUGACGAUGGUGGUGCUUCCUGUAGCCGGUGUGUGGACUGUGGGCCUCAUCCUCAUCAUCCUCAUCACUGUGGCAAAGGCGGGCAGGCGGAGGCUUACGCAGACAGAGGAGCACUGA